AUUCAUUCAUAAAACACACACACCACUCCCCACUAAACAUGCAUUCACAUCUUCUCCAUCACCACACCACCACCACCACCGGAAACAACCACUUUCCACCACACAUGCUGCUCCAAGCUCUUUCUUCUUCCUAUACGACAACUACUAACAAUCCAUCACCGUUACUAGAUCAACACACUUUCAGUGACUCGUUUACGACGGACUCAUCACGAUCCUUUUCUUCGUCUUCAGCUUCGAUUAAUCACAAAGAGGCCGAGAAACGCCGAAGAGAGCGAAUUAAUUUUCAUCUUAAUCGGCUUCGAACUAUUCUUCCUUGCAAUUCCAAAACAGAUAAAGCAUCUCUACUAGCAAAAGUGGUUGAAAGAUUAAGGGAGCUAAAACAAACAACCUCCGAAAUGGAUCACCAUGAAAGUAUACCUUCAGAAACCGAUGAAAUCACGGUGAUCUCGUCAAAAAGCAAUGUAAACGAUAAAAGGAUCAUCAUAAAAGCUUCAAUGUGUUGCGAAGACCGAUCGGAUCUUCUUGCGGAUAUGAUCCAAACAGUAACUUCAUUGCAACUGAGUCCGGUUAGGGUGGAGAUGGUUGCGGUUGGUGGGCGAAUACGCAACAUUAUAUUGGUGGAAUGUGAUUGUGAAAGAGAUGAUUGUGGUAUGUUGGUUCAAUGUGUGAGGGAGGCCUUGAGUUGCUUGGUUACAAGUAAUUUGGGUUCAAAUCAGUCGUCGAAACGAAGAAGGAUGAUGGUUUGUGCACGAUGAUUGAUCUAAGCUUGUGGAUCAUGGUCGGUUUAGUUGAGUUUAGUUGUGUUUGUAACAUAACAUUUGAUUUCAAACUUGGAGUUCUGGUAUGUAGUUAGUGCUAAAAUUCAAACUUGUUUCGUUAACAUGUUUAAAAGAUUACAAGCAUAGUGUUUUUCUCUAUUCAAACGCAAUUGAGUUCAUAAUACAUAUUGUAUAUACAUAAUAUAUCUUUAAAUCA